AUGACGGGCAUACGCAUCGGCAAUAUGGGCCCCGUCCUCGCCACCGCCGCCAUCACCGCUGCCGGCACGGCUGCCGUACCCCGCGUGACGGCCGGCGUCGCCGCCGCCGCAGCGGAGGCAGCAGCAGCAGCGGCGGCGGCGGCAGCGGCGGCGAUCGCCUCCGUCAACGUGGGUCCCUUCCACCAGGGCAAGCGGGCGGCGGCCGGCUCGGCAAGGUUGUCGCCCGUCAGUGCGGAGACCGGAACGAAGGUGGCGGACGGACACUGCAAAUCGAAACGAAGAGCCGAGCGGCGGCGGCGGAGGACGUCGGGUGCCGUACAGUGA